AAACAGUGUAAAGGCAAUAAUUUAAUCUCAUAGUUAACAUUAGAGAAUGAUCUUAUCUAAAUAACUACUGCAAAGAGGAUAGCAUUGGACAGCGGUUUAUCUUUAGCAUGAUGUUCCUCUUCAGUGAGCGUCAACAAACUUACCACCGCAGACCAAACUCAAGACAUUCGAUUUCACAAACGAACGCAUGCGAGGCAGUUACAGACUAAAUACAUUGGAAAAUGGUUGCAUGCUAUUACUAACUGCCUAAAGUCAAACAAAUAUACCAGUGGAAGCUGAUUUAAUGGUUUGUAUGUUAGGCGUUUGUGCUAUAAAUCGAAGUUCCUGUGUUUAAUCUUUGUUGGUAUAGUCGUGGAUACUCACUAUUAAAGAAUCCCAUACCAGAAGGAAACGGUUGUCCAAUCAUUUCUAGUUUUCAAAGGUUAUUUAACUAAGAUCAGUCUGUGAUAUUAACUAUGAAAUUGAAAAACAACCGCCAUAUAAACACCCAUAGUGAUAAUUUAAUAAAUGACUGAGGUGAGGCAUUAUGUGAUUUUUGGGUAUGUUCCGAUGUACUUUGUUGUACAGCAUCAAUACUUCAUUUAGUCGGUAUAGCAUUAGAUCGUUACUGGGCUGUAACAAAUGCAGAAUAUAUUCGUCGAAGAACAGGUCGUCGAAUAGGUAUUAUGAUUGGAAUAUUUUGGUUUUUAUCUGUAUUAAUUUCAAUUCCAGCAAGAUUUCAUACUACAAGAUCAUAUAAUUAUGGUAGUUAUACAUCUGAUUUAAAUUUAAAUGAACCACCAAGUUGUCGAAUUAAUCAAGAACAUGGUUAUACAGUAUUUUCAAAUAUUGGUGCAUUCUAUAUGCCAAUGAUAUUUAUUAUAGGCAUAUAUGCAAGAAUUUAUCAAGUGGCUAGAGCACGUAUUAGACGUUCAGCAUUUAAACAAUCAGGAACAAGUAAUUUAUGUAUGAGUCAAUGGAAGCAACCACAAUCUAAACAACAACAACAACAACACCGUCAAGAUUUAUUCAAACAUCAUUUAAACACAUAUUGGUGUUAUUGUUGUCGAGAUAACAAAAAUAGAAACUCUGUUAAAUUAGUUCCUGCUAGAAAUAAUCCUUAUUUAAAUAGUAAUAAUAAUACUAAUCAAGAGAAUCCAUCAUCAUCACAAGUAGCCGAUACAGAUUGUACAAUGAUUGGAAGAAAAACAAUUACUCUUACAGAGAUACCAACCAUAGUAAUGAUGAAUAAUAAACAUACUAUUCAUUAUAACAACAAUCAAUUUAAUAAUAAUAAAGUAUCUACUAUACCAUAUGUAGAUGACAUGGAAACUAAAUCCAAUUAUUACCAGUCUAAUGAUAAUAUGAAUAAGAAUCCUAAUUAUACAAAAUCUAUUCUAUUACAUUAUUGUCAUAAACAACAUUCUAUUAAUACUGAUUAUACAUUGAAUGAAUAUAAACAAAUUAAAAGAUUUAAUUCUUUCAAUGACAUUAAUUAUAUAAUUAACUUUGAUUCAUUUAAACAAACAUUAUUAUCUAAAUAUAGAUAUUCAGCUCCAUCAAUUCUUAUACAUUUAAAUAAUUCUAGUACAUUUUUCACUGAAAUAACUAAUUCCAAUUCUCAAUCUAUUGAAUCAUCUAUAGAACAUACAAAUUCAAUUAUAUGGUCAUCAUCAUCAUCAACAUCAACAUCUUCUUCUUCACCAUUACCAUCAACACCAUCUUCAUUUUCAGAAUUUUCAUCUUAUCGACAACAAAAUCAUCAUCAUCAUCAUCACCAUCAUCAUCAUCAUCAUCAUAAACAUCAACAUAAUCAUAAUCUACAUCAUCGUAUUCAUCAUCAUUCUCAUAAACGACUUCAUAAAUCUAAUAAAAAUGAUAAACGGAAUGGAUUAAAACAAUCAAGUAAAGUUCAAAAUCACUACUUAAAUAAACUGAAAUGUUUUUAUCCAUGUUGUUCUUGUACAUCAACUUCUUCAAAUCAUCAUCCUCAAUCGUAUCCAGUCAAUCAAUUGAAUUUAAUACAAGAUAAAAAUUUAAUCAUAAAUCAUCGGAAACAUUUAUCAUAUUGUUGUAUAGAUAAACAUAAAAAUUACACAUCAGAUUACGUAACUUCGAGUAAUAAUAAUGAAUUGUAUUUACAGUCAAUAGAUCGAACUUCUAAGCUAUCACAUUCAUAUUAUAAACAAAAUACUAUUAGCCCGACUAUCACUACUACUACUACCAUAAUUAACUAUACUAAUAAUAGUAAUAAGAAUAAUAUGAGAACUGGUAAUAAUUUCUCAUUGAAACCAUCAAAGAACCAAUUGAAUUUACGAAAAAAAUUCUGUCAUAUGUUUAAUUUACAUGGUAACAAUAAUAAUAAUAAUAAUAAUAAUAAUAAGCAUCAUAUAGUAAGUCAAUCUACAUCCAAUUUACCAUCUAAUAUUAACUCAGAUACAAUGACAUUAACUACAACUAAUCAAAAUAAUAAUAAUAUAAAAAUGCAAUUACUUACCCCAACCACAUUAACAUUAAAAGAUGAUGAUAUAACUAUAACAUCUAAUUUAAUUCCAAUACAACAAACACAAGUAAAUCGUGAACGUUUAGAAGCUAAACGUGAACGUAAAGCAAUAUUAACAUUAGCUAUUAUAACUGGAUGUUUUUUAUUAUGUUGGUUACCAUUUUUUAUUGUUGCAUUAAUAUCACCAUUUAUAAAUAAUUUAAAUAUAACAAAAUUUGGUCAAAGUAUGAUAUUAUGGUUAGGUUAUUCUAAUUCAUUAUUAAAUCCAAUUAUAUAUACAAUAUUUUCACCAGAUUUUCGUAAUGCAUUUAGAAAAAUUUUAUUUGGACGGUAUAAUUUACGUUCAUUAUCAAGAUAAUUAAUUAUGUUAUUAUGAAUAUUAAUAAUAAAAAUGAAGAAAAGAAAAAAGAAAAGAAAAAAGAAAAAAAAUAGAUAAAAGAAAGUACUCUCUUUGGGUUGUAAAUUUCCCCCCCCCAUAACCAUACAAUAAAAAUUUAUGGAAAAAAAUCAAUAAAUCAAUAAAUAAACAAACAAACAUACCAUAAUCAGUUUCUUUAUGAUUAUUUGCACUAAUCUGCUUUGUUUUAAUUCACGAUAUCUACAUAGAUACUAUGAAUUUUAAUACUUUGAAGAAGGUUAUCAUUUGAGGGGUUAUGAUUUUUUUUUGUUUUUUUUUUAACAAUUAUAACGAAAACAUUCCAUAUAUCAUAAAUAUGUAUAAAGAUGAUCCCGAUAAUUAAUAUAAUGUAAGAGUUCAUAACUGACUAUUAAGAAUAUACCUUCAAUUAAUAGUUGAAUUUUAAUUUCUAUAUAAACUUUUGAAGAAAAUAAAAGUAAAGUGUAAAUGUGUUUGUUUUUACCCCCCCCCAAACCGUUUUGCUUAAUUUUACAUGCAUAUACAUGUAUAUGCGACAUGUAUUCCCUCUUUUUUUUUUAGCUUUUCCAUGCCUUAUUUCAAUGUAUGCCUAUAUUUAUAAGGAUUGCUCUCUUUCACUCCCUUUCUCUAUAUAUAUAUAUACACAUAUUAUAAUGUAAUUUAUCACAGUAUAUCAUUGUAAAAUGCAGAAUAUCUGAUAAGUUCUUUAUUAACUUGUUAAUUGUUGUGAAUUGUUCUUUUUUCUUUUUUUUAUUGAUAAAAUAAACAUAAGGAGUUAUGGUCAAUCUAAUCAGUUUGUUCUAUGGUUGUAAGCAAGUGUACAUGUAGGGACAAUCGAAUGUAUUUUUUAACACAAAAUCUUAGUAAAAUCUGAAAACCAU